CAUCUGUUGACAGAAACAAUUUAGCUUCAGCAAGGCAAUCAUGGCUUCAAGCGAAUUCUAUCUCCGAUAUUACGUAGGACAUAAAGGAAAAUUUGGUCAUGAAUUUUUGGAGUUUGAGUUUCGUCCAGAUGGAAAGCUUCGUUAUGCCAACAAUUCAAACUACAAGAAUGAUGUCAUGAUCAGGAAAGAGGCCUAUGUACACAAGGCUGUGAUCGAGGAGUUGAAACGAAUCGUUGAUGAUUCCGAAGUGAUGCAGGAAGACGAUGCUCUAUGGCCGCCUCCAGACAGAGUAGGUCGACAGGAGCUAGAAAUUGUGAUGGGCGAUGAGCACAUCUCAUUUGCUACCACCAAGUUUGGUUCCUUGAUUGAUGUUAACAAUAGCAGAGAUGCUGAAGGUCUGCGCACAUUCUACUACCUAGUACAAGAUCUCAAGUGCCUAGUCUUUUCACUCAUCGGUUUACACUUCAAGAUCAAGCCAAUCUAAGAGGACAUUCCAGCAAUUGCUCAUUCCAAAUUUGGAAAGGACACUUUUUUGUAUCUUGUAAAAAAAGUUUCAACUAGAAUUUGUGUGUUAGUGUAAGUUGAAUUGUUAGGGGAGUUUGUAUCCCAGCCCAGCGCCAAAUUGACCAGUAAGCCUAUCUGUCUGAAGGAUCUGUGUGAACUGCAUCAACCUGUCGUGAAUAGCUUUGGUCGUUUGAUGGAUAAUGAUAUUUGGAACAGUGUUCUGACAAUGGUCACUUAUGGAAAGAGUCCCCUCCAGAACUGACCAGACUGAAGUAUUCAGAUCAUCCACUUCAAGAGAACAGUAUUUGUUGUUUAAAUGCUUCAGAAGAAACUGUGAGGUGCUACAGAUCACAUCAUUCUCAUUACCAGGGUACCAUUUUCAUUAAAGGUGGAGAUCGACAACUUCGACUAAGUUUGAAGCAAAGUAUCUGUGGAAACGGUGGCCGAUCAAGCUUGGUUAUACUAAUUUACAGGCCAUACAAUUGUUUGUGAACAAAAUGGUGGGCCUGUUCAAUGUAUUGUUUCUAAUCUGGCAAGAUCCACCUAUUGCAUGGGACACAUUAUGGUGUAGUCAUGUCUCCAAACCCUCUUAAACAGAGUGAUCAUUCUAGAAAUUGUUAGCCUUCUACUUUUAUUUACACAAUAUCAUUAGACUACAUUAUGGAUGCCAUGUUUGAUUGUUUUGCAUCAAACAAAAACUUGUGAUGCUGUCCCCAUUGUCCAUUUGGGUUUAUUCUGUACUUGUAAGUUACACAUUUGAAAUAUUUGGUGCCCAUCUUGAUGAGGAGGGCAUGUGCAUGCGUGAUAGGGGAGACUAAAUAUGGUCGUCAAGGACAAGUUGUAAAUAAAAUCGUGAAUAAGUGGUCUAAUCCUUAUUUUGUGGAACAUGAGUGCUUUUAAAUUGAAAACAGAUAAAGGACCCUCAAUAUGAAGGUAUUCAAAUGAAUAUUUACUAUUAGGAUGUCUAUCACUGAAGAGCAUUAUUCAUAAAAUAUGGUUUUAACUUUUAAUAUUAGAUAAACACUGCGUGAUAUGAAAGAAUCAUCACCUGUCAAAUCCAGUCACCAAAAUUUUACAUCUUUUGAAACACAUGUUACUGAAGCCUUCUUUCAUACAUGUACAAUUUGCCUAUUAUAUAGCAUGUACAUCCAGAAAUCAUCAAACCAUUUUUUUUCUUCCUUGUAUAUCGCAAGUUAUUUCUAAAAACCUAGUAAAUUGUCUUGAUAUGUUGAGGGAAAGUAGUAGACAAUUCAUACAUUAAAAGACUGCACUUCAGACUGAAAAAAAUCAGCCUAUUUCGGUCAGGAUAUGCUCCGCUGAGACUUCGUCUGGCCUUGGGGUAUCCUGACUUCGAAAAAAUUAGAAAAUGUUUGUUUGAAAUACUCUGAAACAGCAGAAUUUUUAGUCUAACUGUACUCGUGUCAUUUUCUUAGGAUAUGAAUGGUCUCUUUUAAAGCCAUUAAAUGAUAAUUUUGCUAACGUUAGUUUGAUAUUCUUCUGUACAUAGUUUUUAGCACAUGUUUGUAAAUGGGGACAAUCUACUGUCAUUAUCAUUAGUUUUUGAUAGUUCACAAGAUAGGUUUGUUGCAGAAUUGUUGGAAAAUUAUAGAAUUACGUUUUUCAUCAGAGAGUACUGAAAUGAUGGUCAAGGUUGACAUGUAAAUCUUCUGUCAAAAUCUUCUAUCAGCGAUGCCAUUUUUCAGACUGAAGUCUGAAUGAAUAAUUUUUCAACACAUUUUCGGCAUAGAAAACACCUCGUCUUUUUCUCUUGAUUGCACCCAAUAAUUACUGUUAUCGUACAUAAAAUUGGCUCUGAUUGUGUGCCAAGUCAUGUGAGAUAGAAAGUCUCCUGCAAUUGAGACUUAUCACGUAUAACACAUACUGUUUGUAUAUAAAAACGGUCUGAAGCUUUGCUCGCAUGUCUUAAAGAGUGUCUUGACUGCAUCAUCAUAGUAGAUCAAAAAUUGCACAUACAUUCGUAAUUCCGAAGCUUCGUUAUUCCGAAGGUUCGUUA